CUAAAUCCUAAGCCAGCCGGGCUGUAGACUUGUGAAAAUCUGCUGCCUCUCAGCCCCUGUCCACGUACCCCAGGGCCAGAAGUGCGGGGAACAGCUGAGAUUUGAACGUGCCUGGCCUGGGUCUCCCCAUCGCACGCGCAGGGUCUGUGCUUGUGGCAAACGGGAAUGAGCCUGGGUCCCCGGGGUAGUUCCCCUGCCUGUGGGCCCAGCUCCCCCGCCUGCGGCCUGGCUCUGAUCCUGGGGCGGUGAGGAUACCCCAUGGCUGUGGCAGAGCUCCUCUCGCCCACCCCCUGUCCUGUCAGGAUGGGGGUGCCUGGAGCACAAGUCAGGAGGUGGGGGUUAGGCUUGUCCUUUGCCUGGCUGGGCAGCAGAGGGUGCAGUUGAGCAGCCUGUAAGCUGAAGCUCCUGGCUGGCGGGGCCUGGCCUGGCACCGGCUUGGGGACGGUCACUGGAUUUGUCAAGGUGCCCGUUGGAUGGGGGUGAGCAUCACAUGCCCCCCCUGCUCCCAAACAGGCCAGUCUGAGCCCAGCUCCGCAGCACCCCCCUGCACUUGCUUUGAUGGGGAUUCCUGGGCUGGGGCGAGCGAGCUCCCCCCAUGCCCAGCGAGCACAGGUGUUACGCCCUCUGCGGGGUGAUAGACCAGGGGUUUGUCAGGCCACCUGAUGCUCCCACUGAGGGGGUGGGGGUGUGACUGGCAGGAACCUGGCUCUAGCCUGCAGCCAGGCCGGGCUGCCGACGUGCUUCUCGGGGCCUGAGAGAUGGGAGGGGGCUGGGGGCUGUCUGAGGGGCACCAGCUGCUUCAGGCUGGAGGUGGUCGAGCAGCCUCUUUCCUAGGCUCUAGCCGUCUGUUCCUAACUCCCCUUCCCGGGGGGGGGCAGCAGGAGCCUGGAGGGUGAAUGCCCGGCACAGCUGGUCCCGGUUGAUAAAUGGAGCAGGUGGCUGCCCCUCUGCCCCCGCCUGAUAAGAGCUGGGCUGAUGUCACCGCCCACAGGCGCCGAGUUAAAUCAACAAGUGCCAGGAGGGGUCAGCUUGGGUCGUGGGGGAAGGUGAGGGAGCUUGUGACUUCUCUGCGGCUGGGGUGAGGCCUGUGUCCACGGGCCUGAGGCUGGUUCAGCCCAGUUCCUACGGGGCGUGAUUGGUACCUGCCUGGCCGCCUUGGCACUGGGCUGAAGAGUUCAUCCCAGGGCGGGGGCUGAGAUGCAUGGGGGGGGCAAGCCCCUGGGCUGUGCCUACCCGAGGGCAGCCGGUGCCAGCAGAGCUCCUCUGCCUGGCUGGUUCUCACGGGCUGAUGCCAGCAGGGAGGGGCUGGGCCGUAGAAAAGGAAGCGAACGGGACUGUAAUUAGCUGGUUCCCAGCCAAGGUUUUGUGGGCCCAGCAUGGGGAGGGGGGAGAGGGAGGUGUGAUGGCUUUGUGCCCACUCACCAGCGUGGUAACUAGCGUGGGCCCUGGGCUGCCCCUUGAGAAGGGGCCGAGACCAGGGGGGAGGUGGGAAAUAGAAUCUGCUCCUUCCCAGCUCUCGCCAGCACCGGGCCAGCCUGAGAGAGGUUCUCUCAGGCAGCGGGUGCUGGCUGAGGCUGGAUGCCGCUGAUCCUAGACCGGGCAAGGGAGCCCCAGAAGGCUAGUUCUGCUUAAUGGCCGGCUACUGUCCCUAUGCAGCUACCCACUCCCCCACCUCCCCUGCAUGAAGACUUUCCUCGGGCAGGUGGGGGGGCGCUGAGCUGCCUGGUUGUGUGGGCCAGGGGCUGGGGGGGGCUGGUUGUAGGUAGCUGCUCCCCACAUGCCUGGGGCUGAGAGGGGGAAUUGCUGCCCCUUGCCAGCUGCUGGGGCGGUUCCUGGGUGUGAACGGCGCUGGCAGGGGUAUGGCCCCGGGAGAGAUGGCUGGUGGAGUCUUGCACCCAGAGGUCACGGGUUCAAAGCCACCUGCCGGAAGCACUUGCCAGAGUUUGCUCCUGUUUCGUGUCCGCGCUGGGUCUGUCUGGUUUCCAGGGGUUGCGUCUACACAGCAAAAUGUGUCCUACAACUGGCAAUAACUAGCGCCACUCGCCUCCUUCCCCGGUGGGCUGGGGCUGUACGGGGACUGGGCUGGUGCCCCGUGGAAGUUAGAGCAGUCUCAGGGCUGCUCUAACGUACCCUGCUGGGACGUGCAGAACAGCUCUAGGAUGGAGCCCUCCGUCCCUCCCUUGGUCUGACACCUAGCGGCCAGGGCUGGUAUAUAGCCCUUCUCCAAGCUCUCUGCCUAUGACCGAACCCCCCGGGGCAGGGGCAGGGGGCUGUAAGUACCGUGAUGCUGUUGGAGCAGUGGGUACCCCAGGGCAAACUCCUGCAUUACAUUCCCAGCACUGAGCAGCCCCGGGGCUAAGGGCAGGGGUGGGAUGAGGCUGUAUGUUAAUGGCAGUGAUGGUACCCACCCCGGCUUUGGCCUCCGCUCCCUAGUGUCGCCGUGAGCCCCGUGCUGCUGCCCGGGGAGGGGACCCAUGGCCUUGGCAGUACUGCCCCAGCCCAGGCUGGGAACCAGAGCUGCGCCCUGUUCCCAGCAUGGCCGGGCCAGGCCUGGCCCCGUAAAUCACUGCACCGGCGGCCUGGAUUCUGCCCUGAUCACCCUAUGAGCUGGGGGAGGGGGAGGGGUCUCCGGUGAGUUUGCAGGUGCCCUGACGAGCCCCCCCUGCACCCCCAAAUCCCUCCCCCCUGCAGCCAUGUCGCCCCGGGAGCCGGGGAUGCUACCCCUCCCUCGCCUCUUGCGUGGGAACCAGGAGGCACGUGGUGCUCCUGGUGCAGGCCCCGCCCCGCCCCUGCCUCCCCUUCUGCUCCAGCAGCAGCCGAGCGCGGACUCUGGCCCUUUAAAUCGCCGCUGCCCCCUCCAGGGGGCGGGGUUCGGCUCCACCCCUGAUGUCACUCGCCGAGGCCCCGCCCUUCCCCUGCCUUAAAGGCGCAGGCUCGGGGCAGGGGGCGGGUUACGAGGCGCGGUGACGUUCCCUGUGCCGCGGUCACAGGUCCGGCAGAGAUGCUGCUGCUCCGACCCAUCGUGAGAGGACGCUGGGUCCUCCAGAGAACGCCCAGGUUGGCAGCUGUGGCCUGGGGGUCCCACCCCCAAGCCUGCACUGCCUGGACCCCCUCCCGCACUCAUGGCACCUGGAGCCCGGGCGACGGCAGCCGGAGACGGAAGGUCAUGGCCGUGGGGGCUCUGCUGGGCCUGGGCGCCGGCCUGGCCUACGGAGAUCACCGCAGGCGGGCGGCGGAGGCCGAGCCGAAGGCUGAGGCCGUGCCCGGGGCGCCGUACCCCGUGUUCACCCGCCAGGAGGUGGGGCGACACCGCAGCCUGGCCGAGCGGGUCUGGGUGACCUACGGCCGCGAGGUCUUCGACAUCACCGACUUCGUGGAGCUGCACCCGGGGGGCAAGAGCAAGGUCCUGCUGGCGGCGGGGGGCGCCCUGGAGCCCUUCUGGGCCAUGUACGCCGUGCACAGCCAGGCGCACGUGCUGGAGAUCCUGCAGGCCUACAAGGUGGGGGAGCUGAGCCCCGAGGAGCAGAGCCAGGCCACCCAGGGGGACCCCUACUCUGGGGACCCCCCUCGGCACCCCGCCCUCCAAGUCAACAGCCUCAAGCCCUUCAACGCGGAGCCGCCGGCCGAGCUGCUGACCGAGAACUACCUGACGCCCAACCAGCUCUUCUUCAAACGCAACCACCUCCCAGUGCCGGCCGUGGACGCCGCCAGCUACCGGCUGCAGGUGGAGGGGCCGGGGGGCCGCGUGCUGGCGCUCUCGCUGCCCGAGCUCAAGCGCCGCUUCCCCAAGCACGAGGUGACGGUCACCCUGCAGUGCGCCGGGAACCGCCGCUCGGAGAUGAGCCGCGUCCGGCAGGUGAAGGGGCUGGAGUGGGGGGUGGCGGCCAUCAGCACGGCCCGCUGGGGCGGUGUCCGGCUCCGGGAUGUCCUGGCGCACGCCGGCUACAGGGAGGAGGAGGGGGAGGCCGGUGAGCAGCACGUCUGCUUUGAGGGCCUGGAUAAGGACCUGAGCGGGGUGGCCUACGGAGCCUCCAUCCCUUACCGCACGGCCAUGGGCCGCGGGGCCGACGUGCUGCUGGCCUACGAGAUGAACGGCGAGGAGCUGCCACGGGACCACGGCUACCCGCUGCGGGUGGUGGUGCCGGGCGUGGUGGGCGCCCGCAACGUCAAGUGGCUGGGCCGGGUCUCCGUGAGCCCGGAGGAGAGCCCAAGCCACUGGCAGCAGAACGACUACAAGGGCUUCUCGCCCGCCGUGGACUGGGACACGGUGGAUUUCACCACGGCCCCCGCCAUCCAGGAGCUGCCCGUCCAGUCGGCCAUCACGGACCCCGCGCCGGGGGCCACCGUCCCGCCCGGGGAGCUGACGGUCAAGGGCUACGCCUGGAGCGGGGGCGGGCGCGGCGUGGUGCGCGUGGACGUCUCGCUGGACGGCGGCCGGACGUGGCGCGUGGCCGAGCUGACGGGCGAGGAGCAGCAGCCGGGCCGGGCCUGGGCCUGGCGCCUGUGGCAGCUCACGGCCCCCGUUCCCCCCGGCGCCACGGAGCUGGACAUUGUCUGCAAGGCCGUGGACGCCAGCUACAACGUGCAGCCCGACACGGUGGAGCCCAUCUGGAACCUGCGGGGGGUGCUGAGCAACGCCUGGCACCGCGUCACCGUCACCCUGGCCGAGGAUUAACGGGGGGGGCAGGUCCCGGCCGCUCAGUGGGCGCCAAUGGCCUGCGGCAGCACAGAGGAGAGUGGGGGGCAGGGGAGACAUGCAGGCCCCCCCCCCCCGAUGGAUGGAGAGGGGUGGCUGAGUUGGGGAGGGAGUCCCUGAAACGGAUCCACCCAGCCCCAGGGGGAGCUUGGAGAGGCUGGUUCAGGGACACCCCCCCCGGCCCCUCCAGGGCUUCCUUCCUGUGGGCCUGGCCUGCUGCUCAGGGAGGAGGCAGGGGGGACAGAUGGGCUGGCCCCAGGGUGGGGCCCUUGGUGAGAUGAGUUUGGUGAGUCUCAGCCUAGUUCCCACCAGGACGGGGGAGAGGGGCCUUAGCACUGAAAUACCAUUCCAGCUGGCCCCAAGCGGCCCUGUGCUGGCGGCCCCGGCCUGGACCGGGCUGCGGGGCUGGAGCUUAUCCCUGGAGGCAGGUCCCCCCCAGCGCGGGCUGGGGCAGGCUGGCAUGGGCGGGGGCAGGGAGAGGAAGCUGUUCCUGGCCUGGGGCCAGGACGGCAGCGCCCAGUUCUCCCGCUGGUGCUGUUAUUCCUGCCCAUGUCGCCCCCAUUAACCCAGCGUAAAAUCCACCUCCCCCCCACCCCCCCCCGCCCGGCAGCCAUCCCCUUCUCCCCACCUGCCCUUAGUGCACGUGCCGGCCUGUGCCCUCCGCCUGCCUUUAGCACGACGUGCCUUCUGGUUCAGAGCCCGUUCAUCCUCUGCUCCCCGGCGCUGCCCCAGCCCUCGCCUCCCUCCUGCCGCGGAGCUGGCCUGUUCGCCGACCGAUCCACUGCGUCUUGGCUCUGGGCUCCCCCCGCGGCGCGGGGCAAACACCUUGGCUCUUCCCGUCCCAUCCCCGGUGCUGUUCCGGGCUGUGCCAAAGUCCGAUUGCUUUACGGCCGUGGGGAAGUGUCAGACACAGGCGGCUGUAAAGAUUGUGCCGCGUUUAUGGACUCGUCUCCUUCAUUUACAGGGCAGCUGGCUGCCCCCCGUGGCUUCGGGGGGUUAACCGUUGCCUGGGGUGGAAGUUCUCCUCGCAGCAGGAGCUGAGCAUGAGUCUGACGACCUCGUGUCCUGGGCAGGGGAAUGUUCCGAUUUCUAAACGGAUCAAACCACCACAGCCAUGCUGCCUAGCCUGGCUCUGCUGGUGCCAUCUGCCUCCGGGGCUGGGAUCGAGAGAUCCUCUGAUUUCCCCCCACUAGGAAAAUGCUACAGAAAUGUCCCCUGUGCUGUGGUCAGUGGCUUUCUCGGCUAGUCAGUCUGCUGAGAUGUUCAAAGCCAUAAGCUGUAUGCUGGCCAGAGAUUCUCCACCAGAAUGUGUGGCUUCCCCCAGAGUAAAACUAUUUUCCCCAGGAAAAUUUCAGGUUUUUUCCCCUGACAUUUUUCAAUUUUCUGUUUGAGAAAAUUUUUAAAUAAAUCUUUUGUCUGAGGCCAA